AUGACGGUGGCGAGCAACACUUCCUAUACUAAAACUCAUCAUCAAUCACCAAGCAGCCAACAACGAGACGUCGGGUCACCUCUGGCCACCAAGACACCAUCAAUGACGACCAGGCCGCUGACAACGAUUGGACCAUCGAUCACAAUCGGUCCGCUAACAACCAGACCUGAUAACAGGCGGCCGAUGACCGGAUCGCCAGUUAUCAGGCCAACGACCGGGCCGCCAACAACGAGGUCAUCGACUUCGAUCCAAUUGAUUCUCGUUGACGCAUCCCCGGUGCCGGUCCGGUUAAAAGACGGAGAUCCCAUUCGCGAAUGCAGCUCGCAUGAUGAAUUAUCAAACAGGAGCAGAACUUUAAAAGUAUUUGAGAAGGUCCAACCUGACUAUAAGAGAUCGAAUGACGCUAGAAUGAAGAAAAAUGGGACGAGAACGAUAAGCGGAAAGACGAAGAUGCCGUUGAUCAAGGGAAAGCCGACCAAAUGUUACAAAUGUUUGAAGAUAGGACACAUCGCGCCGCAAUGCAAGCGGGUACCGAUGAAGAAAACAUGUUAUAUGUGCGGAUCGACGGAACACUUGGCUAGAGAAUGUCCGAAACGAGGUCAUCUUUGA